GUUAUAUCGUAUGCCGCAGUAGAUUGGCACAUGUAUCGCUACUUGAAGUAUAGUACGUACUAGGUAGGGCUUUGCUCUUGCCUCGGCGUCAGCACUCAGCAGAGCACUAAGCAAUAGCAGUACAGUUAUACAUUCGACAUAUAAAACACGUGUUAGUGGUUCCUGAUAAAUAAAACAGUGAUUUCGUAUAAUAUUAACAAAUAAACAACAUGUAUUGUGUAAUAGCAACGGUGGUGGCAUUGUUGUACAUUUUCUGGGACGUCAACUAUUUUCUUCGCGUCGCUUUCACUAUAGCUAUUGGGAGAUUAUUCCAAAAGAAAAGCGGCCUCAAAGACGCGACGGUUAUUUAUGGUUUUUGUACGACUCAAGAUGUGGACAUCUUUCUGAGGCACAUGAACAAUGCGCGUUACGUCCGAGAACUGGACUUCGCAAGGUUCCAUUUCUAUGACCGAACAGGCAUCUAUGCAAAUAUUAAGGCAGUAGAUGGUCACGUUCUGCAAGGCGCUUCCAGCAUACGGUAUAGACGGACCAUACCCAUAUUCAGCGCCUACAAAGUGGAAACAAAGUUGGCGUAUUGGGAUGAUAAGUCGCUUUUCAUUGAACAAAAGUUUGUGACAUUCGAUGGGUUCAUACGUGCCAUAGUAUUAUCUCGGCAGAAUCUCAUCAAUGUGGACGCUGACACCCUUUUGAAGAAUAUACCUGGGGCUGAAGUAAAGCCUGAAUGCCCUGAGGAAAUCAAGCAUUGGCUCGAAGCCAUUGAAAUAUCCAGCGCCAGACUUAGGAAGAAGGAUUAGCUGUCAGAUUAUUAUUGAGGAUUAGAUAGCUGUUUAAAUUCAAAUUAAUAAUAUAAUUGAAUUAUUAAUAUAAUAGCAAUAAUAUUUGUACGUGGCUCAAGUUAUAUGAAUAAAAUAUUUAUUACAUCUA